UUGGUGUACUAUCAAGUAUCAUUAUUCGUAAUCGCGAAGUUUACUCAACUUUUGUCGAUUUUUGCAUUUAUAAUUAAAUUUUAAGCAAGAUGCCAGCCGUACCUGGUGGUAUGUAUCAAAACCAAGGCCCAUCAUGUUUUGACAAAAUGAAAAUGGGCUUCAUGAUUGGGUUCUGCGUUGGAAUGGCAAGUGGUGGAUUAUUCGGAGGAUUUACCGCAUUAAGGUAUGGCGCUAGGGGAAGGGAAUUGGUUCAUUCUGUGGGUAAAGUGAUGCUGCAAGGAGGGGGAACAUUUGGUACAUUUAUGGCAAUCGGAACAGGAAUACGUUGCUGAUAUGCAAAUUUUGUGAUUGUACAUAAACUAAUUUCCUAUUAUCAUUUAUUGAUUCAUAAAGAAAAGCUCACGGAGAAUAAUUAUUAUAAGUGAUGGUAUAUUGAUUUGAAAAUGAAACCCUUUGUGUUUUGAAUACUAAGUGUUAACUUUUUUAGUCAUUCUCGUUUAGGUAGUUAUAGACUUACAUAAUAAAUAGAUAUUAUAUAAGAUGUGUUCAUUUA